GUCAUUUCCUUAGCAAUUAAUUUUCUGUCUCUCUUAUUACCGAGUGAAGAAGAAAACUCCCAUUUAUUCUUGGAAAUCAGAAAAGAAAAACAAAAUCCCAGCUAUCUAAUAUCAAAUGAAGAUCCCAAUCCCCGCAAUCUUCACAAUCUUCUCAACCUUUCUUCUCCAAAUCUCAACGGAAAUUUCAGAUCAAACCCAAGAAACUCUCCUCCACUGCCUUUCUUCCCACUCCCAACAGACCACCCCACCAAUCUCCUCACUCACAUACUUCCCCAACAACUCUUCAUACUCAUCACUGCUUAAAUCACACAUCAGAAACCUCAGAUUCACAUCCCCAACAACCCCAAAACCACUCUUCAUUAUAGCUCCAACACACGUCUCUCACAUCCAAGCCACAAUCAUAUGCUGCAAAAUUCACGGCCUUCAGCUCAGAAUCCGCAGCGGCGGUCACGACUUCGACGGCCUCUCGUACAUCUCCGACGUCCCGUUCAUCAUAAUCGACAUGUUCAAUCUCCGAGCCAUAGAAGUGAAUAUCGAGGAAGAAAACGCUUGGGUUGAGUCAGGUGCAACUCUAGGCGAGCUUUAUUACAGAAUCGCGGAGAAGAGCAAAAUCCAUGGCUUCCCAGCUGGGGUUUGUCCGACUGUUGGUGUUGGAGGGCAUUUUAGUGGUGGAGGGUAUGGUAAUAUGAUGAGAAAAUAUGGGUUGUCUACGGAUAAUGUGAUUGAUGCAAAAAUAGUUGAUGUUAAUGGUAAUGUUUUGGACAGAGAAUCAAUGGGUGAAGAUCUUUUUUGGGCAAUCAGAGGUGGGGGUGGGGCUAGUUUCGGAGUUAUUGUUUCUUGGAAAAUCAAGUUGGUUUCUGUACCAGAGAUUGUUACGGUCUUUAGAGCCGAGAGGACUUGGGAACAAGGCGGUUUGGACGCUGUUCUGCAAUGGCAAGAUGUUGCGGAUAAACUCGAUGAAGGUGUUUUCAUUAGAGUGGUUUCGAUGCCGGUGAAUAGGAAGACUCAGAAGACUGUCAAGGCUAAAUUUGUUUGUUUGUUUCUUGGGAAUGCUACAACGCUUGGUCUUUUCAUGGAUGAAAGUUUGCCCAAAUUGGGUUUGAGGAAAGAGGACUAUUUUGAAAUGAGUUGGAUUGAAUCCGCUCUCUAUUGGUAUAACUACCCAAUUGGAACUCCAAUUGAUGUUUUGUUACAAAGGGUACCAAAAUCAGACAAAUUCCUCAAGAAAAAAUCGGAUUACGUGCAAGAACCAAUUCAGAGGGAGGCACUUGAAGGAAUAUGGAGAAAAAUGGUGGAGCUGAAAAAGCCAGUGCUUACAUUGAAUCCUUAUGGUGGGAAAAUGAGUGAAAUAUCCGAGCUUGCAACUGCAUUUCCACAUAGAGCAGGGAACAAGUACAAAAUCCAAUACUCAGUGCAGUGGAAAGAGGAAGGUGUUGAGACUUUGGAGCAAAAUCUUGAUCGGAUUAGAAAACUUUACCAGUACAUGACUCCUCAUGUGUCAAAAUCUCCGAGGUGUUCUUAUCUGAAUUACAGAGAUGUUGAUUUAGGUACUAAUGGAAUUGGAUAUAAUGCAAGCUACUCAGAGGCUAGCGUCUGGGGGACCAAGUACUUCAAUGGGAAUUUUGAUCGGUUGGUGGAAGUUAAGACUAAGGUAGAUCCAGGUAACUUUUUCCGAUAUGAACAAAGUAUUCCACCUCUUGUGGCUCGGACGGGUAAAAUGGCACAAUGCUAAAACUGCUAUGUGAAAGUAUGUUUUUUUUAAAUAUAUAUAUAUAUAUAUAUAAGAAUUGUUCUGGCACUUAGAAAGUGUCUAUCAGCACUUGUAUAAUCAUAUA